UGUAAACAGGAAGUGGAUUUAGUCAGUGGUGGACGGAGAUGUGCUUCAGGCCCGUAGCGACGUACUGUACAGGAAUUACAGCGGACCAGCUAAUUUCCUCAUUCUUACUCUUUUCUGCACGUUCCCCACUGGCCCGCUCCUGACCUACGGAGGAGCCAUGGGCCAUGGCCGAUGGCGGCUCUCUGACAACCUGCAGAGGAAGGUUCAGGGCAACGCCCCGGCCGUGGUCUUCUUGCUCUGUCUCCUCUCCCUGGCCGUGGCCUUCGGCAGCUUCGCCUUCUACGCCCGAGGCCACGCUGUGAAGAACCCCGACGUGGCUCAGGAUUGGAACAAGAUCUUGGGUGCGCUGGCAGACCUCCGGCUGUGCGCGCUCCCCAACGAGACGGGCAGAGAGACGGCCGCUGCCGGCGUGCGGCGCGUGGUUUCCGCUCCCCUGCUGGGGGAACGCACGCCGGCCGAUGAGGCGUCGGCAAACUGGACGUACGUGUCUCUGCUGGUCCCGCUGGUGUUGACCGGCGGCACCGAGGACCAGAAGCCGAGCAACAUCCACACCACGCUCACGGGAAGUCAGCUGGGCCUAAAGGGUCCAGCUGGGAAAGAGACCCUGAAUGUAACGCUGCAUUACCUUCUUGAGCGCGAGCAGAACGACAGCACCUGCGUGAGCCUUGCUGCGCCUGCGCACAUCCUGCCUCAAACUCGCCUUCCUCCGUUGUGCCCAGCGAGUGAAGAGCAGCGCUCCGGUCACUCGGUGGUGAGCAUCGUCGUCUCCCAGCAGCACGGAGCCAGUCCCCAGGAGUGUUUCCAAAUGAGGUUCAGCCCUGACCCCAGCUUCACCGUCAUGCUGUCCCAGGAGGACCGAGAUUUGGCGUGCCAUCAUCUGAUGAUCUUCAGUGGUAGUCUGCUGGCUUUAUGUGCUGUGCUCUGCUUCAUUGGUACUUUCUCUUGUACCAAGUCUCGCAGGUACCAUGGUAAUGGACUGGAUCUACAGAAGGUAACCUGUCAUUUUCUUUUUUCUUACCUAUCAUCAUCAUCUUGGACUUUUAAAUGUGUAUAAGGCCAUGACUGGUACGGAAGUGAAUGUAGUAUACUAGCAUAGAAACCUAUCCACAUCUUUGAGAAUAGGUGCUUGAAAGCACUUGUUUCUGAAAUUUAAAACCAUAUUAGAUCACAUUUACAGUGCACCCAGUGAGGUAGUAAAUGAAUCUAUGCUCCAGUCUUCUAUCCAAUCCGUGCACUGGAUAUUGUUCACUUAUUAUAUACUUCUAAUUCUCAGGAACCAUUGCUCGACUCCUGAAUGUUAUCAAGUCAUCAAAUGCUGCAUUUUAUUCCAAGUUUUUACUUAAUAAAUGGGGAAAAAAGAUGAGAGCAGUCAACUACCUGCAAAGAGCAGGAUGUGUAAAAAUGAAACUUUCAAGCUGCAAGAUUUGGAAAACUUGCUUUCUACUACCAGUUGUGCGUGCACUGUACUUUGCAUUAUGCCUUUGAACUGCUCCCUUUGUGGAAGAGCGAAGGCUGAUUGACAAAUGUUUUGAAUGGGAUCAAACUUAAGGUUGACUUGGGCUUGACAUCUCUGGGAAUGUAAGGAUGUAAUCGAUGUACAAA